GACCUCUUUAAUAUUAAGGUAAACAGUGCAUAUCAAAAUGAGUACUACAAGUACAACAUCUUUUUGUGGUAAUAUUUUGAAAACAUUCAUCAGAAACAUUGCUAGUCUAGAUGUUGGACGAAUCAUACAUAUAAUAUUACAACUAAUAUCGUUUUCUAUUCUCAUCGGUUGCUUACAUGCGGAUCAGUGGUUGUCUGGGUAUACUGGACACCAAGGGCUUUGGAAUUAUUGCUACAAAAACGGGACGUCUUUGUGUUGUGGGAACCUUGAUGCUGUUUUAGGUUAUAAAGUUUUUAUUGGUGCUACACGUGUUAUUCUAAUCAUUGAAUGUGUUGCGUUUCUUGGAAUAUUUUUAACAAUCAUCAGCACUAUAUACAAGCUACAUCAAGUUUGCAGAGUGUCUACUUUUCUGACCAUAAUUAUUGGUUUUUGUACGUUUUUGUCUACAGCCAUUUAUGGAUCACAGCAUGGUGAUGUCAGUAGAAAAACAUCGAUGGACCUUAGUACUUCCUUUAUUUUCUGUGCGUCGAAUCUCGGCUUACAAGUUCUUAUUUUCGUGGUGGGAUUAUGUCUUUGUGCUGAAGGGAACGGAACCUUUUGAGGAAAUGCAUUAAUAUAAAAUAGAAGAUGUAUUCUUCUGACUUUUCAGUCUCGUCCAGUCUCGUUGAAAUCUCGUUCUUGAAUUAAUCCGAGACUUGUGAUACAUGUGGAAAAUAUUAAUGAAUUUCAAAAAUAUUAUAAUCAAACAUAACACUGUGAAAAAAUUGUGUAAUUACAAUGAAUGAUUUUUUAGUAAUCUAGUUUUCAAAUUUUACGACCAAUCAAGUUAGUAUUUUCAGCCAAAAUUUGAGAAAACGGGUUAGGGAUACAAAAAAUGAUUUUACAAGAACUACGUACAUCCCGUAUCAUUUUGGUCUUUUCAAAUUUCUUAAAUACAUAUUUUUUCAAUCAUUUAUAACAAAAAAAAAUAAGUAAUAUGCAAUUUGUUCUUAAAACUGAAAAAAAUCACAAAAAUACAAAAUUGACAUCAUGGUAAAUUUUACACAAAAAAAGCGUCAAAAUAUGAUAAAACUUUCGUAUGUAAGCACUUCCUAUAGUUUUUUUAAGUAAAAUUUAUUUAGAUGGGUCCACUUCAUCUUUAUAGAAAGUAUGAAAAAAGUUAAAUUGUGAAACUGUGAUUUUUUUCACGACAAUAGCCCAAAAAUAAGUAAAAAUCGAUGAAAAACGGUAAAAUCAUCAAAAUUGGGCAUUUUUAAAGUGCCGUAUCAAUAAAAAGAAGUGCACCACCAUAUGAUUUUUUCUUCGCAGAUUAUUUUGUAACAGUCUUACAAACCCAAAAAUCAGGUUAAAAAAAAGUGUAAUUCUAUAAAUUUUAGGCUCCUCAGAGGUGCACAUCCUUAAGCAAAUAAUUUAUAAUAUGUUAUUUAUAUUUUCCAAAUGUGGUUAUUCGUUUAAAAUUUGACGGAUUAGGAAUCUCAUUAUAUAGUUUUAUGAAUUGUUUAAACUGUCUUAAUAUAUACAUAGUCAUUGUGUACAUAAUGUCACAUACACAUGCAGGAUUGUGAUAGUCUUUUUAAAUGUUAAAACCUUUUUAAAUAAAUGUUUUAUAUGUAUCCAUUUCUUCAUCAGAUGUCAAUUGUCUUUGAAACCUUGAUAUUACUAUCAUUUUUACGAAAACUUUACUUGAUAUAUAACAUCUAACAUGCCAUUUAAGGAAACAUCACACAUACGAUAAUAUGUAAUAUAAUAUAUAAAUUUUUCCACU